UUUCCCGGAGGACACGUGCGUGCAGCACGAGAUCCGCUCCGCUACCUACCACACCGCUGCCCCGUCUCUAUAGUCUAUCCUCACUCCCUUGGCGAAGCUGCUGGAAGUGGGAGAAGAAGCCUCCAGAGCGUGAGCGGCGUGGAAGCGGAUCGAACCCGAAUCGAAUCAAGGAGUCGCGUCGCGGCCGGCGGCCGAGUUUCCGAGGGAUGGCGACCGGUAGUGAAGCCGCAAAGUCGGCAGAGGCUGUGCUGGAGUGGCCUAAGCAGGACAAGAAGAGGAUGUUGCAUGCUGUUUACCGCGUCGGGGAUUUGGAGAGCACCAUUAAGUGUUACACGGAAUGCUUUGGGAUGAAAUUGUUGAGGAAAAGAGAUGUUCCUGAAGAGAAGUACACCAAUGCAUUUCUUGGGUUUGGACCUGAGGACACCAACUUUGCAUUGGAACUGACAUACAAUUAUGGUGUUGACAAGUAUGACAUUGGAGAAGGCUUUGGGCAUUUUGCCAUAGCAAACGAGGAUGUGUACAAGUUGGCUGAAACAAUUAAGUCCAAGUCUUGUUGCACGAUCACCCGUGAACCUGGUCCUGUGAAAGGAGGAUCCACUGUGAUUGCUUUUGCAAAGGACCCAGAUGGUUACAUGUUUGAGCUUAUCCAGAGGGGUCCGACACCUGAGCCUCUCUGCCAAGUUAUGCUUCGUGUUGGCGACCUUGAUCGUUCUAUCAAGUUUUAUGAGAAGGCCCUUGGGAUGAAGCUCCUAAGGAAGAAAGAUGUACCUGACUAUAAGUAUACCAUUGCCAUGCUGGGUUAUGAUGAGGAAGAUAAGACAACUGUUAUAGAGUUGACAUACAAUUAUGGUGUAACAGAAUAUAACAAGGGCAAUGCAUACGCUCAGGUUGCUAUUGGCACCGAUGAUGUGUACAAGAGUGCUGAGGCUGUUGAACUGGUAACCAAAGAACUAGGAGGAAAGAUCCUGCGGCAGCCAGGUCCACUGCCAGGGCUCAACACGAAAAUUACCUCUUUCCUUGACCCAGAUGGCUGGAAAGUGGUUCUGGUUGAUCAUGCCGACUUCCUCAAGGAACUCCACUGAAGAUCAGCAGUUUCGCCGGGGCUCUAAUGUCACGAGGAGGCAUGCCUUGUGUAGCAAUACAGGUCUGCGUUGUAAUAAACUUGGGUACACUAGUUUCCCCGGGUCGACGAACAAACAGGAAAUAAACGCCGGUUACCGAUACCGUGCUUCUCCCUAGUUAGGUUUAGGUCUGGCUGCUUGGAACUUGCUCUGUGUGCUAUAUAUGGUCGUUGGAUAUGAGUGCUGAAUGCUGAGAUUGACCAGUUUACGCAGAGUUCCGUGUUCUUUCUGA